AAAGAAUGUCAGAGGUUCUGAUGGCCUCUAUACUGUCAGCAGUAAAGUGACUGUGGAGAAAGGACAGAGCUACAGCUUCACCUGCAAAGUUCAACAGAAGAAUAUCAGUCAAAUCAAAGAGACACACAUCCAUGUUUCAGGUGAUCUCUUUAUGGUCCAGUCUAAUACUGCUGUUCACAUUAUCAUCAACUUGGCUGUCUGUUUAAUAAGCAUCGGGACAGCAGUAAUCCUAAUAUGGAAGUGUGGACAAAAGAAAACCAAAAUCAGCAAACAUGAUGAGGACGAAAAUGAACUACAUCAAACAGAGAUGGAGGAAAAAUUACAGAGAGAAUGUGAGGAAAAGAAAAGACUUGAAGAUGAGUUGCAGAACAAGGAGGAAGACUUAAAACAUGUCAGACAAACCAUUGAAAAACUGAUGGAGCAGAAGACAUCUCUGAAGAACCAGAGAACAAACCUCAACACACUACUGCAGGAGGACAAGGCAGAGAUGAAAGUGGUCACGAAAAAAGAGAAAGAAAACCCAUUACUUGACAAAGAGAAAAAAAUGCAAAAGCUUGUGGAUAAAAAAACUGACCUGGAAAAGAGAACAGAAGCACAUGAAGAACUAAUCUGUGCUGAUGGUCAUCUUGCCUGUGGAGCUGCUGUUGAUGUGUCGAUCAUCUUUGAAGAAAUCUGCUAUGUGGGCAAAAGGGGCCAUGAGAAAAAGAGGCGAACUGAGGAUGAAGCUGAGGAGAAAGAGAAAGAGCAGCUGUUGGCAGAAAACAAGAAGUCUGAAGAACUACAGCAGAAAGAGGAAGAGCUGAAAGACCUGGAGGAGCUGGUUAAUAUACUGAUUGACCAGGAAAACGAACUGAACAAAUUAAAAAAUGAACUCAAACAACAAAGGGAUGUGGUGGAUGGUGAGGUGGAGGAUAUUGAAAACAAGCUUCAUGGUGGAGGAGAGUUUUCUUACGGGGAAGAGGCCCUGCUGUCCUGCCGUCUUAAUGGUGCCACUGAGAGAUUAGCGGCGGCCACAUAUUCUUCUGGAACAUCGAGUUUUGGACCCAAGUAA